UCCUUCACUUUCUAUAGAGAGACACCAAGAGCAGCAGGCACACCAGAGAGGCAGCGAGACGCUGGGAGACACCAACUUUGGGAUUGUGCACAUCUGGGUUUAUUGAAACAAAACCACAAUUUUUGUGUUUAGUAUUAAAUAUAAAUAUAUAAUUUUUUUUAUAUAUAUAUUAUAUUAUAUAUAAAUAUAAAUGUAAUUCAACCUGUGCCAUCCCAGCGGGAAAAAGAAACACCACCACGGGCUUUAAAUAUAUAUAUAUAUAGAUAGAUAUAGUUAUUUCUUAACUUAGUUUGAAUUACUUUUUGCUGUGUUGGGCUGUUGUACAGAGGUACAGUGUCCUAUGAGGAGUUCCAAUACCUUGUAACGGCUGUUAAUUUCAGCGCAAAGACACACGCCCCAAGGAUUACAAUGCUAAAGUUUUGGGGGGUUUUGGUCACUGUUGCGGCUCUAUCCUUGUUGGUGGAAGAGGUUACUGGUGGUUAUGGGAUGAGCAUGUUUGCUGCUCAGACCUCCCCGCCGGAUCCGUGUUACGAUGAGAACGGCAACCCAAGAAGAUGCAUCCCUGACUUUGUCAACUCCGCGUUCGGCAAGGAGGUGCGGGUCUCCAGCACCUGUGGCAAGCCACCGGCGCGGUACUGCGUGGUGACCGAGAAAGCAGAGGAGAAGUCCAGGAACUGUCACAUCUGCGACGCCGGAGACCCCAAGAAGUGUCACCCGCCAGCCUACCUGACAGAUCUGAACAACCCUCACAACCUCACCUGCUGGCAGUCAGAAAAUUAUCUCCAGUACCCGCAGAAUGUCACCUUGACUCUGUCCCUCGGCAAAAAAUUCGAGGUCACCUACGUGAGCCUGCAGUUUUGCUCGCCCAGACCCGAAUCCAUGGCCAUCUACAAGUCUAUGGACUACGGCAAAUCGUGGGUCCCGUUCCAGUUCUACUCGACUCAGUGCAGAAAGAUGUAUAACAAGCCCAGCAAAGCGGCAAUCACUAAGCAAAACGAACAGGAGGCGAUCUGCACCGACUCCCACACCGACAUGCAUCCGCUCUCCGGGGGACUUAUAGCCUUCAGCACCUUAGAUGGUAGACCCUCGGCUCACGACUUUGACAAUUCGCCCGUUCUUCAGGACUGGGUGACCGCCACUGACAUCAAGGUGGCAUUUAGCCGCCUGCACACUUUUGGGGACGAGAACGAGGACGAUUCGGAGCUGGCUCGGGACUCCUAUUUUUACGCGGUGUCAGACCUACAGGUCGGGGGGCGCUGCAAGUGCAGUGGCCACGCUUCCAGGUGCGUAAAGGACAGGAAUGACGAUUUGGUUUGCGAGUGCAAGCACAAUACUGCAGGGCCGGAGUGUGACCGAUGCAAACCAUUCCACUAUGACAGACCGUGGCAACGCGCAACAGCCAGGGAGGCAAAUGAAUGUGUGGCCUGCAAUUGUAACCUGCAUGCCCGCAGGUGCAGGUUCAACAUGGAGCUUUUCAAACUGUCUGGGAGAAAGAGUGGCGGGGUCUGUCUCAACUGCCGUCACAACACAGCUGGACGUCACUGCCACUACUGCAAAGAGGGCUACUACCGGGACAUGUCCAAGCCCAUCUCCCACAGGAAGGCAUGCAAAGCAUGCGAUUGUCAUCCUGUGGGUGCAGCUGGCAAAACCUGCAACCAAACCACGGGCCAAUGUCCCUGUAAAGAUGGCGUGACCGGGAUCACAUGCAACCGAUGUGCAAAAGGCUACCAGCAAAGCCGCUCCCCCAUUGCCCCCUGCAUAAAGAUUCCAGUUGCUCCUCCCACCACCCCUGCCAGCAGCACAGAGGAACCUGGAGACUGUGACUCCUACUGCAAGGCCUCCAAAGGAAAGCUGAAGAUCAACAUGAAGAAGUACUGCAAGAAAGAUUAUGCCAUGCAGGUACACAUCCUGAAAGCAGACAAGGCCGGGGAGUGGUGGAAGUUCACGGUGAACAUCAUCUCCGUGUACAAGCAGGGAGAGAACCGUAUCCGGAGAGGAGACCAGCUCCUCUGGGUGCGCUCCAAGGACGUGGCCUGCAAGUGCCCCAAAAUCAAACAGGGCAAGAAGUACCUGCUGCUGGGCAACGACGAGGACUCUCCGGACCAGAGAGGCGUGGUGGCAGACAAGGGCAGCCUGGUGAUACAGUGGAGAGACAUGUGGGCCCGGAGACUCAGGAAGUUCCAGCAGAGAGAUAAGAAAGGAAAGUGCAAGAAGGCCUAAAGACAAGAGAGGAAGGGUGCGAGAGAGGGAGAGAGAAGGGGGAAGAGAUUGAGCGGUGCUGCUUCGAGUAGGAGCACGAAGAGAAAAUUAGGAUGACUUUACUUUUGUGAAGGAGCUCACACUACUUUGCCAAUUUCUUUUUAAAAUGUUUUUUAUUUGAGAUUAUUUUACUUUUGGAUUUGCCGAGUUUGCACCUAAUAUUACAAAUAUAUAACUUUUUGUUUUCUUCUUAUUUUUUGUUUGUUUGUUGUUUUUUUUUUUUUUUUUUUUUGGUGUGUAACAAAUUCCAUGUUUUGAACAGAACUUUUUUAGUCCAGCUACCAAAACCCAGCUACUGUAUUGCUUUUCAAUUCCAAAAGCAGCACGAUUCCUUUUCUUCUUCUUGUUAUUUUUAGGACAUGCAGUGAAAGGAGAAAAGGUGUGUGCUGGAUGACUGCUAGAUCUAAUGCCUGAUCACAGGAACUGUGUAAUCUUAAAAAAAGGAAAGUAUUAACUUUUUAGAUGGAUAGUUAAAGUAAGCUUUUGUUGUGGUUCUUGCAUUCAGUAUCUUGUAAGAGAAAAUGUUGAUAUAUCCCAUACCUAAACAAAAGGCUAUAUCGUGGAACAAUACCUCAAUAUAUUAUAGUUCACUCUAUGUUAGGAUAUUAAAGUGCCAAAAUUGUACGUUUUGGGGAAAGUCUUCUGCUUGAGAUGUGUUGAAGUUGACAAGCUCUUGACCUGGGUUUCAAUCGCAAUGGAGGCUGGGCACAGUAAAUGCCACCCACUUGCUGAAUCUUGUGAAUGAAGAGUGCAUGUUUGAGCCCUUUUAUGGGAGGCGCUACAAAGAAUUGUAGAGAGACAGGCAAUGUACUCUUUUUGGCCAAAUGAGUCUGCGUGAGACUCUGUAAACCAGGCAAUUCCCAUUGACCGUUGCUUUUUAAAAUAUGUCUUCCCUUGAUGGAAUUGACUUACAGCCUCAAAGGUUUAUUCAUUUGGGCCACAUCGUCAAUCAGAACCUGAGAUCUAAACUCAGAAUCAAAGGACACUCAUGUUUACCGCUUUGCCAAAAUCGCAGAUUACUUAUAGUUUGUUUCUAAUUGACUUCCACGAUAAUAUAAUUUUGAUUUGCCAGCCUCCAUUAGGGUUUAGACCUGUUUUCUUUUUUUACCUUAUGCAGACAAAAGGGUUUUCUGGUGGCUGAUCCAUGUUUCCCAAUACACAUGCAGCAUUAAUAUUAUACAGUAUAAUCUAAACAGAGUGCUGUUUUUAAUGCUUCCUUAUCUAGUAUUCUGUACAUGGAAGUGUUUCAACCCUACCUCCCCUAAAUUAAUAAAAGGAGACACAUUUCCUCUAGACCCACAGAGCAGUUAGUGGACAAUCAAGUUUGUCCCUGAUAGUUACUUCCACUCGGCACAAUCCUUUAUGAGCAAACUCCUUCAUUUCUUUCUCAAGACCUGAGCUACUGGUUUCCUCUCAAUCCCAAUGUAUAAGAACACAUUGAGUUGUUGCACCAUCCCUUCAGGAGAGCUGGGUUUUAACAGACCUGCUCCUGCGCAAGCACUUACAGCCAUCUAACAGCUAACAGACAGCAGGGACAGGACCACCAGAGGAAAAGGAACUUGAGGACUUUUGACAUUGGAAUCACAACUGCCGAUUCUGCAAAGCAGCCCACAGACAGGCUUCCCACAGCCCUUCUAGAAAUGUAAUAUGUUGAGUGCACUGCUAGGGUCUCCUGUGCAGUACUGCUGUAAUAGGCUAUCAAUAUACAGUGGUAUAUAUUUGUAGCAUGCUGUUUUCUUGUACGCAAGCUCGUUGUUCUUGUUAUGUCACUGUACAGAUAAGAAAAUUGGCUCUAUUAACAAAAGACGAUGCAUUAUAAAUCGUUACCUCCACUUUUACAGGCCUUUUUCUAGUCUUUUUGUAGUAGAAUUAGCGACCAGUCUAACCAGAGCUGUGGUCAUCUCUUUUGUAAAUACAGCCUUUAAAGUUAUUUGUAAGGGGGUGGCUAUUCUGUCCCAAAAGGGUUCAACAAUGGAUUCUGUAAAAAAUAAAUAAAUAAACAGAUAAAUAAAUAAAUUUCACUCAAUUCUUUAAAGAACUGUGUUUCAGGAGGGUGAUCAGAAACAUUAUUUGCAGUUUAGUGGCCCUUACCUUGCAUCCCUCUGGUUGGCUGAGACAGACAGGUAAUGUAUGCAGCAUUUGGCUCUGUUGCAAACAUUAUAACACUUUCCUAAAAGGAAACGGCUAGUAAUAAACAACUGAUUCAAUCUUAAUUACAGCGUGAACACUUACAGCGGCUUUAAAGAAGCAUUGAAAAAAAGAAUUGCAAAGCCAAAUUUCCCAAAACACCUUUGAUCUUCUUUAUUUUUCAUGUAGCACUUCUUCAAAGACAUAAGAGGUUCCAUAAAUAAAAACUCUUAAAAUACAUCUUCUGUUUAUUUCUAGCUAGCCUUGGCAUUGUUAUAUAGUGUUUUCAGUGUUAAAACGUGUGGUGCAACUGAGCAAAGAGCUUUCAAAUGAAUGUCAUUCACUGCCGUUCCAAAAGCUAAAAAUUGAAAAUGACUGAUUGUGGACAGGAAAACCGUAUCCUUUCCUGAAAAUAUUUAACUGUUUUUAGCUCCUGAACAUAUCCCCAUUUGUAAGGGACGGUAUUCAGUUUCCUGCAAGUGGAUAAAAUGUAAAAUCGACUGGCACUGAUUCAGCCAUUAAAAAAAAAAAAAAAAUAUUUUUUUUUAUUGAUAGACAAAACAAAAAGAAAACUGUGUUGUGUUCUAAACAUAAUCUUCAUUUUUUACUUUGUCAUAUUAACCAGUAUGAAUUAUUUUUAUUUGUAAAACAAAAAUUUAAUAAAAAUGAAACGCAGUAAAUAAAAUCAAUAUGUGAUAGGUGUGUGCAUUUUAUAAAGCUGCAAGGUUUAUUGGGUACUCAAAUAAAGGGGUUACAAGUCAUUUAAAAAAUGUUAUUUGUAUAGUAUUUUUAUGUAAAACUUAACUAGAUUAUAAAAGUGAAUUA